AUGGCCCGACCAAUGCAACAUUACUGGGACACCGUUAAGAACGAGCAGCCGACGUUACAGUGCCUGCAGAGGUUGCAGCGGGACCUGGUGGAGUUACACGCCGACCCCCCGCCGGGGGUGUUGGUCGUCCCGGAAGAGAGCGACAUGAGCGAGCUGCACGCCAUUGUCGUGGGCCCCUGGGGCACGGCCCUCGAAGGUGGCCUCUUCCGUCUGCAGUUGAAGUGCCCACCCGACUACCCGAUGCGGCCUCCUCGUGUGCGUUUCCUGACUGGCGCUGGAAAAGUGCUCUUCAACUCGCACAUCUACGGCGAGCACAUGAAAAUGGCGGAGCGACUGGAGCAGCGCUACUGCAUCAAAUUUUGCCAGAAACUGGGCGACAGCCAAGUGGAAACCAUUCAGAAGAUUCAGACGCCUUUCGGUGACGAUGCUAUGAGCAGCACACCGAUUAAGGAGUGGUACAACCAGUUUGAAGACGGCCGCACAUCGGUGGUUAGCGAGCCACGCUCCGGUCGGCCAUCAACAUGCCGAAAUAACCAGGCCAAUGCCGAAGUGAACGCUGUGGUGAUGCGGGACCACCAUGUGACUAUCAGAGAAAUUGCGGAAUAG